GGAGAGGGAGAGAGGGAGAGGGAGAGAGGGAGUGAGAGAGGGAGAGAGCGAGGGAGAGGGAGAGGGAGAGGGAGAGGGAGAGAGAGAGUGAGAGAGAGAGAGAGGGAGGGAGAGAGAGAGAGAGAGGGGAGUUGUACCCUUUUUUGCAUAAGCUACCUAAUGCUUUUAUCAAACUUCAAACCCUUCAAUCAGAUCAGAGAGAGAGAGAGAUCAAACCCUUCAAUCAGAUCAGAGAGAGAGAGAGAGAGAGAGAGAGAGAGAGAGAGAAUGCAUAGCUCCACUGAUUCCACGGCGGGUUCAGCGGAGCUACUGAGACGGUUUUCCAUGGCGGUAGUUUACCGAAGAAGACGCGGUGGCAUCCGGCGGUCCGGCGUAGCGGCGCAUAGCGGAGUGUUUCGAAGUUGAUUUUCUGUUUGAGUGUUUCGGAGAAGAAGAAGAAAUAGAAGAAGAAGAAGGAGAAGAAGAAGAAAGGUCACCACAAUAACCGCGAUAGAAGUACUAGCAGUGACAGCUAUUAGAUCUCAACUGUCUCAUCGGUACGCGUUUAUUUCCAGAUCUAUUUGAUCUCACAGUUCACCAUACUCGAUGAUCUGAGUUUCGAUGGGUCGGGUUUGAAAUACGAUUGGGAUGAGUUUACGGUGGGUGUUGAGGGUGGUUUUGAAGAGAAUGGGAUUAAGAUUGGUGGUGGGGAUGGUUCUGUUUGAGAAGUGACUCCUGUCAAGUAGGAGUGUUCAUAAGCCAUUAUAAAGUGAUCGAACUACCCAAACCGAAACAAGUCGACUGGUUCACUGGUUCGAGUAGCGGUUUUGAAAGCAAUGUUAAAUAACAGAAAGAAUAUUGGAUCGAUAAGGAAGCCAUAGAUGGUUUAUGUUGAAGUUGAAGCCGAAGAAGAGGUGGAUUUGAUGGAGUACAAUAAUGUGAAAGGUAGAAGAAAGAGGAGAGGCAGGAAAGAGACUACUAAACGAGAUGAAUAUGAAGAAGAACAAGAAAGAAUUGAUAAACCCGGGAUAAGUAGUAAAGCUGAGGUGGAUGAGAAACGUGAGGAUGGAUUAAACACCGAGGAACCAUCUUGUGUAGAGAAUGAGAACAAUGGCGGAGGAGAUGAUGGGCCCACUGGAAAGAGUAAGGUUUCAAAGCACGCUCCUGCGGUUAAACUUACCAGUAAAAAGGAGGCGAAAUCUAGAGCGAAAAAUCUACCCAAAGAAAGAAUCAGAAGGCAACUUCAAGAAAUUCUGGGAAUGAAUGCGAUACUUGUGGAGCAGACUUUGAUUCAAGGACCAAGUUACAUAAACAUUUGAAUGACACGGGUCAUGCUACAAUCAAGUCACGUUGACAAUGAAGUCGAUAGAAAUUGCCGAUAUUACACUCUCUAUGAGGAUCUCGGUGGUUUGAAUGGUAUCAGCUUUGUUUAAAGUUAUACCUUUGAUAGGGUAGGAUUCUACUUAUUGGUGAUAUCAACAGAAAAGAUGCUAAGUGCAUUAUAGUUGUAUUGAAUUGAUAUGGAGGAAAAAAUGUUUGUUAUUUGUUAUAAAAGGGUAAUUGUUCCCUUGCUUCAUUACAUGUAUGAUAUUUCUAUCCAUUAUUGGUUCUAAUUGA